AUGGCGACAGCUGAGACUCAUGCAGACGAUCCACGUGUCUAUCUAACGUUAUCUUCAAAUGUCUUACGUGUUCUCGUCACCAUCGUCACAUACAUAGCCACAAAGAAGAACGACGCCGCCGCGGACAUGGAGACUUCGCAAGGAAAAGAAGAGCCGCAACAGCUGCACAACGAGAAGGAAGAGGACAGGCCCCAGAACCAUGACAGCAGUACUAAUCGGCCAAUGCCUCUCAUGGCGCUCAAUCACGUCUCCAGGCUCUGCAGAUCGGUGGAAGCCUCCGUCGAGUUCUACACCGCCGUGCUUGGCUUCGUCCCCACCGGUCGCCCUCCCACCCUCGACUUCAACGGCGCAUGGCUGUGGUUCAAUUACGACGUGGGAAUUCACCUGGUGCAGGAGGAGGACGGAGGUGACCUCCCCGAUGCGUCCCUUGACCGUCUCGAUCCGAUGGACAACCACAUCUCUUUUCAGUGCGAGGACAUGGGGGCGAUGGAGCAGAGGCUGAAGGAUCUGGGCGUGAAGUACCUGAGGAGGACCAUCAACGAGGAAGAAGGGUCGCCGAUCGACCAGCUGUUCUUUAACGAUCCCGAUGGGUUCAUGAUCGAGAUCUGCAACUGCGAGAACCUGGAACUCGUCCCUGCAGGAUUCCUGGGGCGGUCUACGACCCCCCGCUCAAAAUGAAUCGCUCGGAUCAGACCUCGGAAAUC